CGGCCUCCCGCAGGACAGCUGAUGUAUUUCAAACAGGAAGCUCUGCAGAUAAGGCUGCAAUGCCGGCCUGAUUCGCUGGGCAGCCUGACAGCCCGGGCUGUGCUCGCCUGGCCUGCGGGGCUCGGCGGCCGCUGUAAAUAGCAGCCAUGAGGCUCCCCGGCGCAGUGUCCUCGCGGGUCCCCGACGGUCAGGACGCCCCCUUUGCCUGGCGUGUGCUGCAGGAGCCCGUGUCCCGCAAGCGCUCGUGAUGAAGAGGGGUCUGGCUCUGAUCGGCCUGGCCUUCCUGUGGCUGCUUCCGGUGGGACAUCCUCAGCAGAUGGCGGAAGAUGCCUGCUCCCUGCACAUUCUCGUCCCAGGCCUCAAAGGAGACAUGGGUGACAAAGGACAGAAGGGCAGUGUGGGUCGCCAUGGAAAAAUUGGUCCCAUUGGUUCUAAAGGUGAAAAAGGAGAUUCUGGUGACAUGGGACCCCCUGGCCCUAACGGAGAACCAGGCAUCCCGUGCGAGUGCAGCCAGCUGAGGAAGGCCAUCGGCGAGAUGGACAACCAGGUCACCCAGCUGACGACGGAGCUAAAAUUCAUAAAAAAUGCACUGCCCCCCCCCGCAGCUGUCGCCGGCGUGCGCGAGACAGACAGCAAGAUCUACCUGCUGGUGAAGGAGGAGAAGAGGUACGUGGACGCACAGCUGUCCUGCCAGGGCCGCGGGGGCACGCUGGGCAUGCCCAAGGACGAGGCCGCCAACGGCCUGAUGGCCGCCUACAUCGCGCAGGCCGGCCUGGCCCGCGUCUUCAUCGGCAUCAACGACCUGGAGAGGGAGGGCACGUUCGUGUACUCGGACCGCUCCCCCAUGCAGACCUUCAACAAGUGGCGCAGCGGCGAGCCCAACAACGCCUACGACGAGGAGGACUGCGUGGAGAUGGUGGCCUCGGGCGGCUGGAACGACGUGGCCUGCCACGUCACCAUGCACUUCCUGUGCGAGUUCGACAAGGAGCACGUGUGAACGGCGGCCUCGGGGCGACCGGCCCCGCACCCCAGCGCCGCCGCCUCCCCUCGGGCCGCGUUUCUGGGCCGCGCCCGGCUGCAGGGGAGAGACCGCGUGUCCGGGCGAGGUUGCCGAGGUAGUACCGCGUCUCAGCGCGUCUGGUGACCGUGGGCUCAUCGCGGGAUUGCUACUCUGCUCCGCUCUUGCCUUUGCCCAGCUAUACAAUAAAAUCUUGAGUUACGCCGUAGUUGAGUACAGACGAUGGUCGUGGGGUCUUAGGUUCCCGUCUUCCUGCUAAUUUCUGCGUGGAGAACCCACGUACUUUGGCCAAUGUUCCUGUAAAUUACAUUCAAAUGUAUGUUCCUUUUCACUGUUAUUUAGGUAGGGACCGUUCUGCUUGCGGAAGUGCAGGUUUCGGGAGAAGGAAACUGAAGUUCUGCGCGGCUGACACGGGCACGUGCGGUGUCCUGUCGGCGAGUGACAGUUCCUGUGGAUCA